CCCAUUGAUUUAUCUGUUGUGUAAUGGAAUGUUUUCCAUUCUUUGUGUAUUUAUAUAUUACAUUAUUUUCUUGUACACAAUAAGGGCAUUUAUCAUAGACAAAUAACAUUGUGCAAGUUUAAACAUAAUUAUGUUUGUAUGCAGAAAUCUGCGAAUGCAUCCAUGUUUACCAACGGCUAUUAUUUGAUAAACUGCUUCGGUUCAUUUUAACAGCAGUUAUAUUAAUAAAGUACAUGACGUGUUUAACGAGUUCAUAAAUUCAUUUGAAAAUAGUGAUAGGAUGGCAUAAGGGUCUUUAUUUAACUAUGCUGAAAUUAUUAUUUAAGACCAUAGAUGAUCGCCAAUUAUUGAGUUAAAUGGAUUAUUAGAUGGAUUUUAAAAGAUAAUUAAAGGUUUACCGAGUGGUACCACAAUGGAUAAGCAACCACAGGGUUAUGGAGCCCCCCAGCCAGGAUACGGACAGCAGCCACCAGGUUAUGGGGCACCACCUCCGGGCUAUGGGCAGCCCCCUCAAGGUUACGGUCAGCCCCCUCAAGGUUACGGGCAGCCACCACAAGGGUAUGGUCAGCCUCCCUACGGUGCUCCAGUCCAAGGGUAUGCGCAGCCUGGGUAUGGGCAACGAGGAAUCCCCAUGCAGGGUCAACCCCAGGCAUGGAUGGCCAGACCCCCGGGCAUACCAGGAGUACCCCCUGGCUUAGAGUACCUGGGACAGAUUGACCAGCUGCUUGUGAAACAGCAAGUGGAACUCUUGGAAGUUUUGACUCGAUGGGAAAGUGCCAACAAGUACAAGAUACAGAACAGCGUUGGCCAGCAGGUCUUCUUUGCAGCUGAAGAAUCCAACAUGUGUGCCAGGCAAUGCUGUGGACCCAAGCGUAGCUUCACUAUCCACAUCACAGACAAUUAUGGAGUGGAGAUCAUUCGAGUGCACCGAGAGUUCAAGUGCUGCGCAGGCUGCUCGUGGUGUGCUUGCAGUCGGGGUUGUGCUCACGAGGUCACAGUGGAGUCUCCGCCAGGAACCCUUGUCGGAUACGUUCUGCAAAAGCAGAGCUGCAUUGAGCCCCGCUAUGCCAUCAUGAACGCCCAGGAAGAGGAGCUGCUGACAAUCAAAGGUCCGAUGUGUGUCAUUUCGGGGCCCUUAUGCCCAGAUGUGGAGUUCAACGUGCUCUCCAAGGACGGGACCACGGAGGUGGGGAGGAUCAGCAAGCAGUGGACCGGCGCCCUCCGCGAGUACUUCACCGACGCUGACAACUUUGGGAUAUCAUUCCCCAUGGACCUGGAUAUCAAGAUGAAGGCUACAAUGCUGGGUGCUGUGUUCCUGAUUGACUUCAUGUACUUUGAGCAGUCUGGGAACCAGAACCAGAAUAACCAACGCUUUUAAAGUUCCUUCUGGGACAAACCUAUGGACCAUGAAUCCAAACUCGAGUUAUUUUGAGUUAGAAAUUUGUAGAACCCAAUCUCCUCUUUUGAUUUUGCAUCAAAAUGACAAUUUUGUGCAAUGUUGUAAUAUUUCUUCUUCUUGUGUUGUAGCCUUGUAAUAAUAGUAGAUGGCAAUGUAAACUAUAGUUUUAAAAGUAUCAUUUUUCAAUAUAUAUAUUUAAAAAAAAUUUGGAGGGGGGGAAUUAAUAACUUACAAAUAAAUUACAGAACACUUGCAAUGUGUACAGACAUGUAUUUAAGAUAAUUGCCAGUGAUUUAUAGUGAUACAUGGAUGAUAUUCAUCUUUAUAUUGUAAUAAUUUUGUGGUUUUUUUAUUAUUUUAAUAUAACAGCAUUAUGUGUUUGUAUUUUUAUUUUUUUUAUUGUAUUUAUGCCAUGGUUCAUAUUUCAUCCUACAUUUUGCACCUUUAAGGUGUUUUAGUAUUUCAAAUUAGAAUUUUAUUUUUGCAAAUUAGAAAACCAUUUAUGUAUGUGUCCAAGAAAAAAAAAUAUCAAUGAUUUAACAGGGUUUAUUAUGUACAGUAGUUGAGUUAUAAGCAAAUAAAAUGGCAUCUGUUCUUGCCUAAGUCCAAACCAGCAACAUGCUUGAAUUUGCAUACACUGAGGAACACAUGCUUAAUUUUAUUUGUUGGUUGGUAGGGAAACACUUCUCAUAUUUCGUACUUCUCACUGUGUUAUUUAGUGCACGGGCAUAUUUCGUAUUCAUUCCUUUAAAAAAGGACACAAUUUAGUCCAAUGUCAGCAUUCUUUUCACUAAAUGUCAUUAUUUCGACCAACUAUAUUGUUUACUUCGAUUGUGAAUUAAUGUAAAGUGUUUAUAUUAUGUGUAGUUACAACGUUAUAUUUUGUACUAUAUUAGCUUGCUAGUUGGCAGUGUUCAAUCUGUAGUGUAUUUUAACUCUUGCCUAUGUGUUAGUUAGUGUUAAUGAAGAAUUAAACAUAA